UCGGGCGGGCCUGCCUGACAAAGGAAGUGUGCUCGAUUAGUUAGUCCUGUUUUAGUUCCUCAUUGGGCGGCUGAGUGGCAUAAUCAAAGUCAGGCGGAGAAGAUUGUACAACAGCACCGGUUUACCGAUAAGAAAAAAGCAAAACAAGACAAAAAGAGCUAAACUAAUUCAGACGAAACGUAUUAUAUAAUACAUAAGAUAGAAUGGCUUCCAUCCCUAAAUACUACGAGGGGAAGAAUGUCCUCAUCACAGGCGCCACAGGUUUCAUGGGCAAAGUGCUGCUGGAGAAACUACUCCGAUCCUGCCCCAAAGUCAAGGCAGUGUAUGUACUGGUCAGACAAAAAGCAGGACAGGCCCCCGAGGCACGCAUAGAGGAAAUGGUGGUCUGUGAGCUGUUUGACAGAUUGAGAGAGGAGCAGCCUGAUUUUAAAAAGAAGAUCAUAGCUGUAAGCAGUGAUCUGACGCAGCUUGAACUUGACCUGAGCAAAGAAGACCAAGAGAAGCUUGCUGACUGUAUUCAGAUAGUCUUCCACUGUGCUGCCACUGUCCGAUUCAAUGAAUCACUGAAAGAUGCUUUGCAGCUGAAUGUCCUGGCUACACAGAAGCUCCUGGCCCUGGCACACAGAAUGAAGCAUCUUGAGAUUUUCCUUCAUGUUUCAACUGCUUACGCAAACUGCAACCGCAAGCUUAUUGAAGAAGUUGUUUACCCUGCUCCAGUGGAUCAUAAGAAACUUAUUGAUGCUUUGGAGUGGAUGGAUGAUAAAUUGAUCAAUGAAAUCACACCAAAGCUAAUUGGUGAAAGGCCCAACACCUACACAUAUACGAAAGCUCUGGCAGAGCAGGUUGUGCAGCAGGAAUGCGGGAACCUCAAUGUAGUAAUCAUCAGACCUUCUAUUGUUGGAGCUAGCUGGAAAGAGCCGUUUCCUGGCUGGAUUGAUAAUUUUAAUGGGCCCAGUGGAAUCUUUAUUGCUGCUGGAAAGGGAAUCCUUCGCACCAUGAGAGCUUCCAAUGACGCAGUUGCAGAUCUUGUUCCUGUCGAUGUAGUUGUCAACCAUACACUGGCUGCAGCUUGGUAUUCGGGAGUUCACAGGUACACUAGGCCAAGAAAUGUGUUGGUGUACAACUGCACAACAGGCGGAGUUAACCCCUUUUACUGGGGUGAAGUUGAGUACCAUGUGAUCUCCACUUUCAAGAGGAACCCUCUCGAGCAGGCCUUCAGACGGCCCAAUGUUAAUCUCACCUCCAAUCACCUAAUCUAUCAGUACUGGAUUGCUGUAAGCCACAAGGCUCCAGCAUUCUUAUAUGAUCUCUACCUCAGGAUAACUGGAAGAACACCAAGAAUGAUGAAAACAAUCACUCGACUUCACAAAGCCUUGAUGCUGCUGGAGUAUUUCACCAGCCACUCCUGGGUUUGGAGCACAGAUAACGCAACCAUGCUGAUGAGCCAGUUAAGCCCAGAGGACAAGAAGAUAUUUAAUUUUGAUGCAAGGCAGUUGCACUGGGCUGAAUACAUGGAGAACUACUGCAUGGGAACCAAGAAAUAUGUGCUGAAUGAGGAACUAUCUGGGCUGCCAGCUGCAAGGAAACAUCUGAAGAAAUUGAGAAACAUCCGCUAUGCUUUCAAUACUGUAUUGGUGAUCAUGAUUUGGCGUGUGUUCAUUGCACGGUCACAGAUGGCAAGAAACAUCUGGUAUUUCGUGGUCAGUCUGUGCUACAAGUUCUUGUCCUACUUCAGAGCAUCCAGCACCAUGAGGUACUGAGAAGAGUUCAGGGGCACGAGGCUCCAGACAGCUAUGCAUUUGAUGGAAUGCUCUACAAGCUCUGGACAGCAAUUUGCUCUUCAUACUGACGUGUCAAAUUAGUUCUGUUCACUGUGUGUUCUAUAUAUGUGUGUAGCUUAUUCAACUCGCCCUUCAACAGAUAUAAAGAUCACAAUUAGAACUACAAGGCAUAAGCACCUUUUAAUGUUAAAUGAGUAAACUUGCUGACCUAAUUUAAGGUGCAGUAAAUUAUGCUGAUUUGUGAAGGCAUUUUUUUAUAGAAUGAAUUAUGGGGCUGCUGUUUUUGGGGGUGGCGGUGGUCGCUCUACCCCACUUUGUUUGCAUGGGGCAAGGGUUGCGGGUAGCAAUAAUACUAAGAGUUGCAAUGUAUUGUGCGCCUGUGUAAGCACAAGAGAGCUUGGAUCAGAAACACUGCUCAUAUUAGCAUGUAGUGUUGUAGUUUCCUGUUGCUUUAUUACUUUAACAUUUUAUUGCCCACAUUUCAUUUUGGUGCCUUUUCAUUACACAUUUUCUUUUUCAGUUUUCUGCAUUCCUUACUAAAAUGCUAGUUAAGAAUAACAAGCCUGACAUAUGAACCCUUUGUAUCAAUUUGGACAAAAUGCAGCUUGCUUUGUUAUUUUUCUCUUAAGUUUGACCAGCAGGCCAAAGGAUUUUGUGCUAGAAGAUAAUAUAGAAUGUAUAUUUAUACCUACUACAUUGCCCAGUCUUGUCAGAAUUUCAUGUAGCCUGUUGAUGGCUUUAGGCACUUCCUGUAAUCAAACAUUGCCACUAAACAAUAGGAGUGAUAAGAUCUGCUUUCGUUUCCUGUUUUUCACACCACCAUUGUGGAUCCUGUAACCCCCUCACCUGAGUAGUCCAGGAUAUCAUUUUCUGUUGGGUUGAGCCUUAAACCUGACCAAACCUACUGUAUCUCAGAUCCUGGACUUAGGAAGGCUGCCUGUUCCAUGAACAGAUUUACACACUGGCUGGUUCAGCAGACUUGGUAGAAAGUGUCAGUAUUUGUAUUUGAGAAGAAAAAAAGCAAAUGUUAUACAAGUGUUCCCUGUUUGAAUAAAUAAUCUAUUUGUGUUUUUGCAUUUUCUAGUUGCCCUGGAAAUAUUAUAUCACAGGGUCUGUUUUCAAAUAUAAUAAUUCCAUUCUGUAGUUUUACAAAGAGAAAUGUUUAAUUCCUAGCUGUGUGGUUAUAUUUGGGAUUAAAAUGCUUUGAUAAUGGAGUCUAAAACCAUACCUAAUAUUUAUACAAGCUUUUUUUUUUCAUUUUCUUUCUGUGAUAGUGCCUAGGUUGGAAGCUGUUUGUCUUUUUGAUGUUUGUCGGUGUUUAACUUUGUCAUUCUGAAUAUGAAUAUUGGGCUUGUGUCCAGCAUUUUAACCUGUAUGAUUGAUUAUAUAGCAAAAGAGAAAUCUUUUUUUUUUUUUUUUUUUUUUUUUUUUUUUUAAUCGGUUGUAGAAACAUGGUGUAAAAUGUAUAGUUUGGUCACCUUUUCAGAUAUAAAGAGAUUCGGCAGGUGUUAGGAAUUUGAAUUGUGCUUGAAUUUUCAGACGAAAAGGGCAAUGGGAGGACUGUUUUCUAAUCUCUUUCUGUACAACUAUUUACGUAGUCCAUUUCAAUUUAAAAAUAAAAAAGAUUGGAGGAAUGCUUGUUUGAAAGCAGAGAUCUAGAAUAAACCAUUUUAUUGUUGUGCUUAGAAAAAUAUAUAAUGCAACGUAUUUAUUUCCUUAAAAAAAAAAAAAAAAAAAAAAAACUUUGCAUAAGCCACUAAACUGUUGAUGGUGCCAGUCCCCAUUAGAAGCUAAGCCAAAACCCUAAUCUGACUGAUUUUUAAUUUAAAUAUAUGCCAACGUGAUGUCAUUCCAAGAAAUAAAUUUAGAUGUAGGGUUAUUUUGACUGUGUGAAAGAUGUAUGCAAGACCUUCACUAUCUCACACAUUGCCUGUCUGUAAUUGUGUAACCUGUUUAACCACCUUGAACUAAAUUGAAAUGUUUCAGAAUAUGUUAAACAAUUCGAUCUACUGGUUUCCGUAUCUAAUGGGAAUUUGAAAUAUCUGAGCGAUUUCUGAAUAACAAUAUGGCUUGUAUGAACUUGCAUUGCUCCUAAUAUACAAACCGGUGCAAAAGGGGAGGCCAACAACUGGUAGAGCAUGCAAGAGAUCUUUUGUAAACAUAUUUACUUUAGUCUUGAGCUUUGCAUUGUUUCUAACCCGCUUCACAUAUUUUAAAUAUAUUAACUUGCUUCUGCUGCAGACAAAAAGUUGAUCUUUUCAGUGAACAAUUAGAGGCAAAUUAAUUGUGUUAUUCAAGCAAUCCCAAGAUGCUGAUUACUUGGGAUUUCAGUGUAACAUGUGAGGGUAGAUACACCAAUCACUUGGGUAACUCCACCUGUGGAAUAGCUAUAAUAUGGGGGGGGUAGUCAAAGCAGAGGGCAUUACACUUGUAUUGUAUUUAACUCCAGACUAUACAAUGUUGUGUCUUUUUUUUUUUUUUUUUUUCUCUCUCCCUGUGGUGCUAUUGUUUUUGUUACUCUAUUCACUUGUUAAAUACUUGUGUGUCUUUGUGAUCUUGUUCCUGUCACAUGGCUCUCCUGCUUUAAUAUCUGUAACAGUGUAGUGCCCAGGAAAUGUAAUGGAUGUACUGUAUGUUUGUCAUGUUACACCUAACUACACUGGAAGCUGUCAUUUGCCAUCUUUAGGAAAUUAACUCUAAGGACCAAGUGUUUUUGAAGAGGCUUCACCCCUGAAAUGUGUAUUUUAUUGUUUCUGCAUGAAAAAUAAUCCCAACAAAUGCACUUCUUGUGUAUAAAAGAUAGUGGUCCUUGGAGUACAGGAGAAAAGAAAAAAAAAAAAAACUACUUGUUAGUGGAAACUUUAUGGGUGCCUUUUGUUUGUAAACCAAAAAAAAAAAAAUACAAAUCAAUAAAUAUAAUAAAAUGCCUA